AGCCCCGCCCCCGGCCCGGGGCUCGUGCUGCAGUCCCCCCACCCCCUUCUCCUCACUCCCCUCGGUCCCAGCUCGGGGCCCCGCCCGCCCAGGCCCCGAGGAGAGGGAGGGAGGGAGGCGGCGACGGUCUGCGGAUGGCGGCGGCUGGGGCGGUGCCGAGGCGAUGAACACUAGGGGCCCCGGGCCCUGGGCGGCGCGGCCAGAGCGGGCCCGGGCGGGGCCAUGGGCCAGGUGCUGCCUGUCUUCGCUCACUGCAAAGAAGCACCAUCCACUGCCUCUUCCACCCCUGACUCCACAGAUGGUGGCAACGACGAUUCGGAUUUCCGGGAGCUGCACACUGCUCGGGAGUUCUCUGAGGAGGAGGAGGAGGAGACGACGUCGCAGGACUGGGGUACCCCCCGAGAGCUGACCUUCUCCUAUAUCGCUUUCGAAGCUGGGGGCAACCGCCGAGACUCUGUCCAUCGCCGGCCUCGCCCCUCGGGCCGCUCUGAGCCCCGUGAACCGGGCCCAUCGGGCCUGGGAGACAGUUUGGAGAGCAUCCCCAGCCUGAGCCAGUCUCCGGAGCCUGAACGACGGGCUGCCCAGGAAGGCCCUCCUCAGGCCGAACUGCGGCUUCGUCUGGACCAGCUGGCCUGGGAGUCGGGGCUGGCGGCCUCGGAGGACUCGGCCAGCAGCCCCUCGGAGGAGGAGGAGGACGACGAGGACGACGAGGGCAGACCGGAGCCCAGAUUGGCUGGGGAAGACUUGGAAGUACCAUGCCUCCGAGCUGAACCCUCUCAGCCUGAGGUCGGUUGCUUACGUCUCAGCCCACGCCCAGGAAUUUCAGCCCUCCAAACUCACACCCCUUCCCCACCUCUUUCCUUGGGGUCUCGUGACUCAAACUCUUGGCGGGAGGAGGAAGAUCCGAAAGAGGGGGAGGUGUGGGGAGACGGUGAGCGGGAGCCAAUCACCGGGCAGCGCUUGGAGAGCUCGGACCAAUUAGGGAUCACUCUAGAAAUUCAUGUCCUAGUGGCAGAACUACUGUAUUGGCGGGACACAAGGACGUCAGGUGUGGUCUUCACAGGCAUCAUGGUCUCCUUGCUCUGCCUUCUACACUUCAGCAUUGUCUCCGUGGCCUCCCACCUAGCCCUGGCCCUGCUGGCAAUCACCAUCUCUCUCAGGGUUUACCACAAGGCACUGCAGGCUGUGCACCGGGGUGAUGGAGCCAACCCCUUCCAGGCGUACCUGGAUGUGGAUCUGAGCCUGAGCAGGGAGCAGACAGCCCGCUACACCGAGCAGAUCACAGAUCAUGUGGUUUCUGGAGUGACGCUCCUGAGACACCUGUUCCUAGUGGAGGACCUGGUUGAUUCCCUCAAGUUAGCACUCCUCUUCUACAUCCUGACCUUCGUGGGAGCCGUUUUCAAUGGGCUGACUCUUCUCAUCUUGGGUGUGAUAAGUGCAUUUACCUUCCCUUUGCUGUACCGGCAACACCAGGUAAGGAGGGACUCAGGACCCCACCCAUCUCUAAUCUUACACCCCAGUGUUUCUAGGCAGACAAAGCAGACUGACAACCCCCACCCCCAUCUCUAA